UUCUACGACCGAUCAGGAUGAGCUCGCACCGAGCCAAACACCUGGUUACAAAGUAGGUGAGAAGAAGACCCUGGAUGAAUAUGCUAAUUUGGACUCUACCGACGAAUCUCUCAAUAGGUGGAAAGCGUCACUUGGCUUGGGCAAGUCAAGUG